UUUAGUAUUUCUAAAAAGUUUUAGCCAGAUACGACGGGAGCCUUAUCUUCGUGUGGCUGAAACUGUAGAAACCUUGUCUAUUUCACUGUUUGUUUUUAAUUAACUAUACAUUAAUUCUGUAGUUUGCAGUUAGUUGAAUGGGGAGUAUUGCUGCAUAUUGUGGUGGAUUGCUAUGUUGUUCCCAGUUGCGAUCGAACAAUUCAAGGAUAGUUUCGGGCUUAUCGGUGUUGGAACAGGUGGAUAAGGAGUUGAUGAAGGGGGAUGAAAGGGCUGCUUUGUCUCUUGUCAAGGAUUUGCAGGGAAAACCUGGUGGCCUUCGCUGUUUUGGCGCUGCUAGACAGGUACCACAGAGGCUGUAUUCCUUGGAUGAAUUGAAGUUGAAUGGAAUAGAAGCCAUAUCUCUUCUAUCACCAGUUGAUGCCACCCUUGGAGCAAUUGAAAGAAAUCUGCAAAUUACUGCUAUUUUAAGUGGUUCUGCUGCAUGGUAUGCGCUUGAUUUGAGCCCACAACAGAUCCUUUUUGUUUCUCUGGGGGUUCUGUUUCUGUGGACUCUAGACUUGGUUUCUUUCAAUGGAGGAGUUGGUACUUUGGUCCUUGACACAAUUGGCCAUACCUUCAGUCAGAAGUACCAUAACAGGGUUAUUCAACAUGAAGCUGGGCAUUUCUUGAUUGCCUACUUGCUGGGUAUUCUUCCUAAGGGGUAUACACUCACCAGUUUGGAUGCUUUGAAGAAGGAAGGAUCGUUAAACAUCCAAGCAGGAACAGCCUUUGUGGACUUCGAAUUUAUUGAGGAAGUAAAUAGAGGAAAAGUAACAGCCACGAUGCUGAACAGGUUUUCAUGUAUUGCGCUAGCAGGUGUAGCAACUGAGUAUCUUCUGUUUGGGUAUGCUGAGGGAGGUCUGUCUGACAUUAAUCAGUUGGAUGCAUUACUGAAAAGCUUGGGAUUUACUCAGAAGAAAGCAGAUUCUCAGGUGAGAUGGGCUGUAUUGAACACAAUCCUCAUUUUGCGAUGCCAUGAGAAGGCACGAUCGACGCUUGCAGAGGCAAUGACUCAAGGGAAAUCUGUGGGCGUCUGCAUUGACAUAAUUGAGAAAUCCAUCAGCGAUGAUGAUUUGUAGCUUCAUAUUUCUUAAGAUCCACCAUAUAAUUCUGAUAUCCGCUAUGAUACUCCUUCAUUCUCUAUAUA